GUUGAGGAUGAUGGCGAAUUCUGGAUGACGUUUGAAGAUUUCAGCAAAUAUUACACGGACAUCAUCAUGUGUAGACUCAUAAACACGUCCUAUUUGAGCAUUCACAAGACUUGGGAGGAGUCUGUACUGCGGGGGGCUUGGAUAAGGCAUGAUGACCCUCUAAAGAACCGGUCAGGGGGCUGUCUCAAUAACAGGACAACCUUUCUCCAGAACCCCCAGUUUGUGUUCGAUGUAAAGAAACCAGAGGAUGAAAUUCUCAUCUGCCUACAACAGAAAACCAAACGGACCACACGGAAAGACGGGAAAGCGGAAAACCUAGCUAUUGGUUUUGAUGUGCUUAGGGUGAGAUUUAUAUCCUCUUAUCUUCCUUUCUGUAAGGAAAACAAAUCGCAUACACUUUGGGGGCUCGGUCAGGUGCGUUCAGGCAUUUGA